AGUUAGCUAGUAGGAUGCAAGCGAACCGUGCGGCGGGCCCACUAGUCAGCGCUAGCUCUCCUCCCGUUCCGCCUUCCCGAGCUGCGCCUGCACUGCGCCGCCGCGUCCUCUCCACCUCCUCCGGCGAGAAUCGCUCACCUCCGGCGAGGUCCCUCCGUUCCGGGUCUGCGAGGAAGUGCCGGCGAGCUCCCUUCCACCCCUCCGGCGAGCUCCCGUUCCGAAGCGGAGUUUGGUAUACAGGAAUGGGCCUGUGGACAUUGCUGGAGGGUUUUCUACUUCUCGCAAAUGCAUUGGCAAUACUGAACGAAGAUCGUUUUCUUGCUCCCAGGGGAUGGAGCAUGUCUGAAGUGUCAGGAAAUGGGCAAACAAAGUCAUUGAAGGGCCAGAUCGUGGGCCUUAUCUACGCCACACAAUUUCUGAGGGUGCCCUUGAUAGCCCUUAAUGUUCUUAUCAUUGUUGUGAAGUUGGUGUCAGGCUGAGUCUCACUGUCUGGUUUUGUCUGUUGGUUGGAUCGAUAUCAAUAGCAUUAUGUAAAAGUUAAAUAUACUCAAAGUUGCUGGAGACAUGUUCAUGUAGCCUCCAAUGUGCAUUUAUGUUAUUGUUCUGGUAAAGUAAUUCUUGUUGUUAAAUGGUUUGUCAACAUUUAUACUGUCAAAGCGUGUGUUGUGUGCCAGUGCGAUGAAUUUGUUUGGAAUGUGUUUUGUGCAAUUUGUAGAAGAGCUACCUUGCUUUAA